AUUUCUAAGCAUUGUGAUAUGCCGGAAGAUAUGAGGAUAGACUGUGUUGAAACAGUAUCAACAGCAAUUGAAACAGCUUUGGAAAAAUCACCCCAAAAUUAUGAAAAUGCUGCUAAGGCAAUUAAAACCCAAAUGGAUAAGAAAUAUGGUAAAUCAUGGCAUUGUAUAAUAGGAGAAGGAUUCGGAGUGUCAGUGACUCAUGAAGCAAAGAACUUACUUUACCUUUAUUUCAAUGGAAACCUUGCAGUUCUAGUUUUUAAAGGAAGUAAUUCAUUCUAA